AUGCUGAUGUUUGUUCAAUAUUUCGCCACGAAUAGAGGUGAAUUCAUUAACUCUAACAGACUGCGUGCAAUCCGAGAGGAAGCUGCAGAUCCAAGGGAUCAGAAAUCUACUCACAACGAAGUUAAUGAGCUUCGUAAUAAGAAUAAUAUGAUCAAUCCUGUCGAAAGUUUUACUAAAAUGAAGAAAGCAAACGCGGAGAUAUUUCCUAUGGUCGUCAAG